GACAGCCUUACCUACAAGAAAAUGGAGAAAGACAUGGUUCUCCACACCAAGAGACAAAAACAAAAAUUUGACAAAUGCCGUAAGCAACAGCCAAAGCCAGAACUGGAUAAAUCACGGACCAUCAUCAACCUGACAGACAGACAACUCACUGAAGACCAAGUAUCCAUUCUAGAAAAAGGAGGAAAUUUUGCAGUCACCACCACCAGGAUCCCAGUAGAAAACAUCAUUGCCAAUGUUGAAUCAGCAAUUUACCAGCUCCCUGAGGAAGAAGCAGAGGAAGUAAGAAUGGAAACAGCAAGGAUCCUGAGAAAUGCAAAACUCCCCCCCAGCAACAUAACGAGAAAAGAAAGACAGGCCAUCAAAGAUCUCAACUCAGAUCCUGAAAUCAUCAUUCUUCCAGCUGACAAGGGGAAUGCCACAGUAAUCAUGGAAACAAAACAAUACAAAGAAAAAAUCAGACAACUUCUAGAUCCCACAAUUUACAAGAAACUGAAACAAGACCCCACUAACAAAAUCACCAGAAAAACGAACACUCUAAUCAAGAACUCCUCCAUUAACUUUGACAUACGCCAACAGCUGUGCAAAUCAGAAGCCCUCCCACCCAGGCUUUACGGACUCCCCAAAAUCCACAAGGACUCCAUCCCACUCAGACCCAUUGUAAGUGCCAUUGGAUCGCCGACUUACAACCUGGCAAAAUUUCUGGCUACACAGCUACAAACCCACAUUGGGCUCACUGCACAUUAUAUCAAGGACUCUACACACUUUAUAGAAAAGAUCAGCAACCUCAAUCUAAGCACCAAGGACAUCCUGAUCAGCUUUGAUGUGGUGUCCCUUUUUACCAAAGUCCCAGUAGCUGACACCCUCACACUAAUCAAACAAAACUUCCCAGAAGACAUCACAGCCCUGUUUCACCAUUGCCUCACCACUAGCUACUUUCAGUGGGACACUGGAUUCUAUGAACAGAAGGAUGGAGUGGCCAUGGGGAGCCCUCUCAGCCCAGUAGUAGCAAAUUUCUAUAUGGAAUACUUUGAAAAACAGGCCCUUGAAACAGCACCAAAAAAGCCAACUGUUUGGUUCAGAUACGUAGAUGACACCUUCACAAUUUGGAGCCAUGGAGAGGAAGAACUCAGCAAGUUCCUGGACCAUCUUAACAGCAUCCACCCAAACAUCCAAUUCACCAUGGAAAAAGAAAAGGAAGGAAAACUGCCAUUUCUAGAUGUUCUGGUCAUCCGCAAACCCAAUCAACAAUUGGGCCACACAGUUUACAGAAAACCUACACACACAGAUAGAUACCUUCAUAAAAACUCCAACCAUCACCCAAGUCAAAAAAGGAGCACAAUCAAAGCCCUGACAGACCGUGCACAAAGAAUCUGCGAACCUCACCUCCUCCAAGGUGAACUCAACCACCUAAACUGGGCUCUACAGGCCAAUGGAUACUCCACCACAGACAUCAGAAGAGCUGCAAGGCCAAGAACAAGCCAUGAGAGUCAAGACAAAGAUCCACCCAGAGGAAAGGUGUUCUUACCAUACAUCAAGGGAACUACUGACCGCAUAGGGAAGCUGAUGAAGAAGCACAACCUACAAACUAUCUACAGACCCACGAAGAAAAUCCAACAAAUGCUACGGUCAGCGAAGGACAAGAGGGAUCCUCUCUCUUCUGCAGGAGUCUACCGGAUACCAUGCAGCUGUGGACAAGUCUACAUAGGGACCACCAAACGCAGCGCCCAAACAAGAGUCAAAGAACAUGAAAGGCACUGCAGACUAAUUCAACCAGAGAAAUCAGCCAUAGCAGAGCAUUUGAUGAACCAGCCUGGACACAGAAUACUAUUUGAGAACACAAAAAUGCUGGACCAUUCUAACAACUAUCAUGUCAGACUACACAGAGAAGCCAUUGAAAUCCACAAGCAUGUGGACAACUUCAACAGAAAGGAAGAAACCAUGAAAAUGAACAAAAUCUGGCUACCAGUAUUACAAAACUCAAAAAUCAGAACAGUAAAUAAAAAGCAAUACUCUGAAAACAGAGGGUUUCCAGACAUGAAUCAACCAAGGGCAGUUAACGACUCUAAACAAAGGAUGCCCCAGAGGCAGGAAGAAGACAGCAGAUAAGCUUUUCAAUGCUAAUUUAAGUGAUUAACUACACACAUUCACACUGACCUCUCUCACCCUAGACUUUCCACAGAUAUAUAUUAACCUCUUUGCUUAGUUUUCUCCAUACCUCACAACCUCUGAGGAUGCCUGCCAUAGAUGUGGGCGAAACGUCAGGAGAGAAUGCUUCUGGAACAUGGCCACACAGCCCGAAAGACAUACAACAACCC